CCUAAAAUCUAUGCUGCGGGAUGAGCUUCAGUUCAAGGAGGGGAAGCUUGCAGAGCAGCUCGGGCAAGCUGAGGAGCUCAGGCAAUAUAAAGUCCUGGUUCACUCUCAGGAACGAGAGCUGAGCCUGUUAAGGGAGAAGUUGCGGGAAGGGAGAGGUGCCUCCCGCGCAUUGAAUCAGCAUCUCCAGGCCCUCCUCACUCCGGAGGAGCCGCUCAACUCUCAGGGUCGGGACCUCCGAGAACAGCUGGCCGAGGGCUGUAGGCUGGCACAGCACCUCGUCCAAAAGCUCACCGCAGGUAAAGUCUCCAUAGGACCUGAUGACCCAAAACCCCCGACUUAUGAGAGAUUCCAGACCUCCGUACUUUCACAAUGACAGUUGUAUCAGUGGUGUUUUUUUCCACUAAACAUAGGUGACCAUG